CUGUCAAUUUAAAAAAAACAUUUUUGUUCGCCGAUCGCGAUCUUGCGCCGCUUUAUUGUUUUCUUAAUUUUAUGAUAUUUUAUAUUUAAAAUAUUCAACAAAUUGUGAAUCAAAAUGAGUGGACCCAACGGCAUGUUAUACGGUGGUGAUGAAAUAGGUGCUUUAGUGUUUGACCCGGGGCAUCAUUCAUUGCGUGUUGGUUACGCACAAGAAGACACUCCAAAAGCCGAUAUCCCAGCAGUGAUCGGCGUUGGACCUGCCACUCAUAUCCCUGAUGCAGAGGAGAAGGUUCCAGAUGGCAAUAUCACACAGAGCGCGGCAAAAACAGGCAAUGAACUUCGCCACUACAUUGAUGUGACAGAAAUACAUGUUCCAAGGCCGGGCAUGGAAAUACAGACAUAUAUGAAAGAUGGUCAAGUUGAUAACUGGGAUUUAUUUGAAAAGAUGUUGGAUUACUGCUAUUCAAAAGUUAUCCGGUCUCCAUCAGAACACCAUCCAGCUCUCUUCACAGAAGCAGUAUGGACAACAAGACCUGCUAGGGAGAAGUUAGCGGAAUUACUGUUUGAGAAAUACCAAGCGCCUGCUUUCUUCUUAGUGAAGAAUGCGGUGCUUGCUGCAUUUGCUAAUGGAAAGUCAACAGCUUUAGUGUUAGAUGCUGGAGCGAGUCAAACUUCUGCUGUACCAGUUAUUGAUGGGUAUGCGAUAGUGUCAGCGGCGGUGCGUUCUCCGCUGGGCGGGGACCACCUCGCAGCGCAGGCCAAGAACAUGCUCAAUAACUUGCAUAUACAGAUGCUGCCUAUAUACAGUAUACAGAGUAAAGAAGUGAUAAGAGAACGUGAGAGGGCAAAGUACACAUUAAAGAACCUUCCUGCGGGGCUGACACUCACCUGGCAGCAAUAUAUGUUGAAACGACAGUACGAAGACUUCUGUCAUUGUGUUGCACAGGUGUCGGAGAGCCCGUACGAGGAGCGCGUGGCGGCGGCGGUGCCGGGCGUGCACCACGAGUUCCCCGGCGGCUACCACCAGGACUUCGGCCCCGAGCGCUUCAAGCUCACCGAGUGCCUCUUCGACCAGAACAUGUCUCCGGCUCAUCUAGGUGAUACUCCGUUUUAUUUAUAAUUUACUAGCUUUCGC